AUGAAACUUGGCACAGCCCCUGGACCUGAUUUCAUAUCAGCAGACUUUCUUCGGGCUGGUGGCCAUCCGCUUCAUGUAAUCUUAGCAGCGCACAUGACAUCCUACCUUCAGAAAGAAAGGAUCCCAGACCAGUGGAAGACCUCGCGAACCGUUCUUAUCCAUAAGAAAGGUGACCGAGAGGACCUUCGGAACUACUGUCCGAUAUGCUUGCUGGGUGUGUUAUACAAAGUAUUCACCAAGAUCAUCCUCAGGAGCAUAUCUAGGACGCUGGAUGAAGCCCAGCCUCAAGAACAAGCUGAAUUCCGCCAAGGGUUCAGCUGCUUGGACCACAUCCAGACCGUGUCGAGGGUCAUAGAGGUUUGCCGGGAAUACCGCCUGCCACUUGUUCUAACCUUUGUCGACUAUGAGAAAGCCUUUGACGGCGUAGAAACGAAUGCAAUACUGUCAGCGCUGGUCGAUCAAGGUGUGGACGCGUCGUAUGUGGGGACAUUAGCCAACUGCUACGAUCGAUGCACGACUAGGAUACAGCUUUUCCUCCGCCCUCUCACCAUACUCAUUGGAAAGGGGGUACGACAAGGCGAUACUAUAUCGCCGAAGCUGUUCACGGCUGCAUUGCAAUGGAUAAUGAAAUCACUAUCUUGGGAAGAAAGGGGCGUGCGUGUUGAUGGAAGAUUUCUUUCGAACCUUCGUUUCGCGGACGACAUCGUACUCUUUUCGAGCAGUACCAGUGAAGCAGAAACGAUACUCAACGAAUUAAACGAAGCAGAGAAGAGAAUAGGACUACGAAGAAACAGAAAGAAGACACAGUUCAUGAAGAACGCCCACUCAUGGACGGAGGAGUUCAAGUUGAAGGCUCCCAAAUCGUGGAAACACCGUCAUACGUAUAUCUCGGACGCUCUAUGA